UUCAGUUCCGUUCUGUUAGGUUUGGUUCCGUUCAGUUCGAAUUGGGUAUAAUUCGCGUGAGGCUGAGACUUCAUGGAACGCGGCGGUCACAUAACAAACUUUCGUAAAAACCACCCACAUGUGUGUACAUGUGUGUAUAGACGUACAUGCGUAGAUAAUUUUCUAGCCGUAGGAUUCAGUUGUGGACACAAACAAGGCGUUGUGACGGAGGCCCUAGGUUUCCAUCAGUUUUAUAUACUCAAAAGCUGUCUUACUUUGGAAAAUAUAUCCUUUUCCGAAAUACACCCGAUUUAUUCGUUUGGCUCAAUCUGAUUCGAAUUCGAGCUCGGCUAUUCGAACAUUCCAGUCAAGGAACCGAACGGAAUUAUCUUCAAAAACCUUCCCUUCCGAGUGACUUGUGUGGUAGUGCUUUGCAUAAAUUUGAUUCGAGAUGCAAAAACAGGAAUGAAGCCGCUUUGCUAAAAUGUAGUUAAAGGCUACUCAGGAUUUGGAUGCACUUCCAGGCUAACGUAACUAAAUCGACAUCUUGUAAGGAAUGGAGUCCAUAAACGAAAUAAUUGACCACCAGACAUUUAGUCAGGAGCUGGUUGAAGAUGCCACAGAGUUCAUCACUGUGGGACACCAUUCGGAGCGGCAGUCCCAGUCGGACCCCCAACUGCAGGAGGGUGGACCUGAUUCCGGCGAAGAUCUGGCAAUGUCCAUGCAAACCAUGAUUGCCUGUCCUAGGCCGGACGGUUCUAGUGGAGGGAAGAAGCACCACCAUCGAUCCGGUUCUGGAUCUGGGUCCGGAUCAGGAUCGGGAUCGGGAUCGGGAUCGGUAUCUGAUUCCGUAGUCAUGGUUAUCGACUCACUGGGCCACAGUAAUAGGCAGACAUCAUAUCAAAUCGUGCCUCAGCAGCUGCAGCCAAGAACAAUGCCGUUGCCUUUCGGGCUGCUCCAGCAGAAUAGGCACCACACGCAGCAGUGCCAGGAGCGUAUCGUCAAUGGGAGCCCCGUGGACUUUGUGGCGUCCGACAUCAGCUUGGAUGGUCUGACAGUGGACUCCAUGACCCAGUCGGUUCUUCCCCAGGAGAUGGCGAUAAAGCAGGAGCAGAAGCUACUCAUUGUCCAAUCGAAGGCCCUGGAUCAAAGUCAUAAGCGCAUUCGAAUGCACGUAGAUGUGGCGAGCGUAAGUGCAGGUCUCGGCGUCGACGUGGACGAAAUGGAUGACCUUUCUUCCGACGACGUCGGUUGCGACGACGAGGGCAUAACGCUGAACAGGCAUCACCAGCAGCUCUUGGAGCAGCAGCAGCAAUACGGCCUCACGAGCCACCACCCUCACCACCAGUCGCAUGCUCAGGCGCUUCAUGGCUUGCACCACAGAUCAACGCAGCUGGAAAUGGGCUUGGAUGGAGUGCACGGCGAGGUUCUGUCGGUCAUCGUCCACUCGCAGGACAGCGACAAGGAGGUGGACGGCGAAGGAGAAGCGGAUGGCGAGGGAGAGGGAGAGGGAGAAGGGGAUGCAGAGGAUGAAGACGACGAUGAUCGGGACUCGCGAAGUCGGGGGCAGCUACUCAGCCACAGCUCGUACCAGACGCUGACCUCGGUGAAUGAUCGAGUCUCACCACCGGGGUUCAGCCAGACAUCCUAUGCCACCCUGACUCCCAUCCAACCACUUCCGCCCAUAUCGACGAUGUCCGAGAAGUUUGCCUACUCUGGCCACAUCUCUGGAGGAGACAGCGGCGACACGGAUGUCAAUGGUGGAGAGGGAGGUGGAGGAGUAGUCGAGGGUGGUGAGGUCACCAACCAGUCCGCCGAGGCUGCAGGAACGGGUUCUAUCUCCAGUGGCAAUGUGGCGUCUUCGGGAUGCAGCAACAACGAUUGCAGUUCAUUCUCUGCCCUCACCAUGCCCAUGGGCAGUGGCCACUUGGGCCUAGGCGUGUUGGGCGGGGUGCAAUCACCCUACUCCUCAUACGAAAAGCUUUCGUCGAUGAUCUCACCUCCGCCCAACAACUACUUAGUGUCGUGCGAUCUGCAUGCUUCGGUUUCGGGACGCGCGUCUAACUCGACCCAACUGCAGCUAAGUCACAACGGGCACAAAAAAGAUUCUGGGACAGCUCACGAUCACUCCCACGGACAUGCAAACGUCAAUGGGGGGAAGUUUUCCUACUCUGGCCACAUAUCUGGAGGGGAUAGCGGCGAUACCGAUGUCAACGGCGAAAAGUUUUCGUACUCUGAUCACAUCUCUGGAGGAGACAGCGGAGACGCGGAUGUCAAUGGAGAGAAAUUCGUUUAUUCCGAUCACAUCUCUGGAGCAGAUAGUGGCCCCGAUGUCAACGGAGGAACGAAUUGGCUCCAAAUGCAUCCCGAGCGGGAGGUGCGACUUCAUAUGCCUGCUGAGCUGGAGGCUCGGUUCCACAUUCCGUCAGAGCGAAGAUCUCGCCUGAACAUGCCGUCGGAGCGAGGACACUUGAACCGACAACUUCCUCCGACCACGCCCAUCUGCCCCCCGGAUUGGAAGCCAGACGAUUGGAAGCACGGCAACGGGAGCAUUGUUAGUCUAUCCGCCGAUCUGCCCGUGGUUGUGUCCCUUACGCCAACCCCGCCUCCCAUAACAGACGACUCGGUGACCGGACUCAAGCUGAAUGAGCGCCUGUCCCCAGGGCAGAGGCCGCAGUAUUUCCUGGACAAGGGUCAAGAGAUCAGCACCGUGACAGCAGAACAGUGCAGCCCAAGCAUCCAUGCCACCGCGCACUCGGUGUGUGCCAUCCACCAGCAGCCCCAAUCAGCUCUCCUGAACGGAUUUCAAGGUGCCAGCCAGCAGGCCAAGAUUUCAGUCUCCGCCUCGCCAAAGGCGUCAGUGUCCUCUGGAGGAGGAGGAGGGGGAUCGGGCCGCAACGGAAACGCCAGUGACAUGGAGGAGAUCAACACGAAGGAUCUGGCCCAGCGCAUCUCGGCAGAGCUCAAGCGAUACAGCAUUCCACAGGCAAUCUUCGCGCAACGAGUCCUCUGUCGCUCGCAGGGCACCUUGUCCGAUCUGCUGCGCAACCCGAAGCCGUGGUCCAAGCUCAAGUCCGGCCGCGAGACGUUUCGAAGGAUGUACAAGUGGCUCCAGGAGCCCGAGUUUCAGCGCAUGUCUGCUCUGCGGAUGGCCGCUGCCCAAAUUCCUCAGCGAGCGCCUUUGGGUUCUGGGAUGGCACUUGGAUCAGCAACAGGACCUAAUAGCUCCAUAUCCACCAUAUCGACCGAUUUGGACUCUCAUGGCGGGCCACCAAUGGCACCAAAUGCUCCGCCCAAUGAAUCGAACUCUUCGUCUGCAUCUACACCUGUCGUGAACGUUUCCGUUACCAACGUCGUUAAUUGUCGACGAAAGGAAGAGCCUCAGAUUGAGCAAAUGCCUCAGCCAAAAAAACCGCGAUUGGUCUUCACAGAUCUUCAGCGUCGAACAUUACAAGCAAUUUUCAAAGAGACCAAAAGACCUUCAAAGGAGAUGCAAGUGACAAUCGCGCGGCAACUGGGUCUGGAGCCUACAACCGUGGGUAAUUUCUUUAUGAACGCCCGCAGGAGAUCAAUGGAUAAGUGGCGGGACGACGACUCCAAAAACACCCUGCAUUUAUCGCACAGUCGCCAACAACAGCUAGACGAGCAGGAAGAGGACGAAAGCCACAGUCAAAGUCAGACUCCAAAUCAAAGCCACAAUCACACUCAUAAUCAGGCUACUAAUAACAGCUUAACGCACGAAAACUACUCCAGUCUCCAUACAACAGCCAUGUCGCCCCUUGGAGCCUUUGACGAAGACGCUGAUAUGGACUUAGACCUGGAAAGUCACGACUUUGAUUUGGUGGACCCAGACGACCAUGGGGACACCAAUGAUCCAACCGGCGACAUGUUGUGACAGCAUAU